AUGGCUUUGAGGCAUACGCUGAAUGUUAAAUUAGAUGCUUUAUUCACGUUUCACAUUUUAUGUACGAUUUCUUUUCUCGUUCUCUUCCUUUUGUGCGCUUUGGCAUGGAAGAUAAACACAGACAUUUUUAGCAUAACAAUGACUUUGAGGCGCUUCGCUGAAUGCUUGGGGAAUCCUCGUGAGCUGCUGCCGGUUGUGAGAAAAUGA